AUGCCUGUACUGAUCUUGCGGACUGCAUUCCGUGGUGACAAUGGCGGUGACCUGCUUCCUGACAAGUUCGCCAAUCUGGAGCAGCUGGAGGUGCUGGAUCUUACAGGGAACCGUGUCCGCACAGACUUUGGGGACUUCAUCCGUGAUCUUCCGAAACAGAAGUUGCGGGAACUCCGGCUGAGCGGAAACAUACUGCGUGGGGCGCUGGGGACGGAGCUCGGGAAAUUCACGAACCUCGAGGUUCUGGCACUGGAUGGGAACAGUUUAGACUCCGCUCUUCCCGGCGGCCUUGCCCGACUCACGUCGCUUCGCGAGCUGGAUCUUCGAAAUAAUAGCUUCGAGGGAACGAUCCCCACAGAUCUUCGAAAUCUGCCGCAUCUUACACGUUUGGCCUUGGGUGAUAACAACUUCAAGAAGAAGAUCACAGAGGACAACUGUGCACCUUUGGACGAGGAUCCAUGCGGGCUCUUCCGCUUCAACGUGCUUCCUGAAGAUGGCGAAGAGCCCUGGCCCUUCAUCAUUGCCUUCUCUCUGCUGCUGUCGGGCGUCUUCUACAGAGACAAGGCCUUUCAAGGAGGCAGUGGCGUCAAAGCAGGUGCAUUGGAGCUUGCGGCCAGCAUCGACGAAUUAGCCGUCUAUGAAUGCAGGCGGAAAGCACGUAACUUCGUCGCCAUUGUGGAGGUAAGCCAACUCUGCGCUGUCGUUGCCGCGCCCGUUCUCUGGCGACCGCUGCUGGGCUACAUCUCUGCUGGGGCGCUUCUUCUUGGAAAGCUGGUGUUGUCGCUUCUCUUCCGCAAGGAGCUUAUCUUGCGUCCGUUGGACCUGUUUCUGCCCGAGGGCUCGUCAGUGCAAUCACUGCCCUCGAAAGAGAUGGCUAUGCAUGCCACUCUGCUGAGCUUCGUCGCUACCGGCUUUUGGGUGACGUCUUUGGCGCUUUCGGCACUGCAGAAGCCGACCGUCAUCCAAGAAGAGUUUCAGUAUGUCUUCCUCACCGUGUUCUUACUGGCGUUGUUCCGUGUCAAGCUUGCCACCAGCAAAGCACCUUUCGACGAGUUUUAUGAGGAGAAGGCGAAGGAGCUCCGGCAGAUCGCGAUCAUCCUCGAGGUGUUCACUCGUGAUGCCAACUGGCGCCGGACGGAGGAAAGGACUGUGUCUGUUGACUUCCAUCAGCCCUCGCAGCGCUCCGGGGAAGAAAUCGAGCUGCAAACUUCUGCAACGCCUUCUUGGAAAUCCGCGCAGUCCAAUCCGGCACCGGUGGCAGAGACCGAAGAUCCCGAGGAGGCAAUCCGAUGGGAUGGCACUGGCCAUCGCAAGAUCGGGGUCUCCGUCGCUGUCAAAAAGAUGUUCGCCAUUGGAGGGCCCACAUCUCUCACAAUGAAGUGGACAGAUGACCGGCGGCACUCCAAGGAAGUCUGGCUCCUGGAAAUGGGUCCCGUCGUUUGGAAUGGUGCAGGUGGAGCCCUGUUCGAGAUGUCUUUAGUGCUGCU